AUGGCUGGAUGGAGUGAGGAGGAUCCAUUCACAAAACCCAUUGGAAGAUGGACUGUGUUCUUCUAUGGAGUUGGUCAUAUGCUUAAUGACAUUACUGCUUCUUGUUGGUUCACUUACCUCCUCCUUUUCUUGACCCAAAUCGGUCUUGACCCAAGAGAUGCAGCCAUUGUUAUGCUCUCUGGCCAAGUUGCUGAUGGGUUUGCUACUAUCUUCAUUGGUGAAUUGAUAGAUAGGUUUGGUCAUUUCAAGCUUUGGCAUGCUGCAGGAUCAAUACUAGUUGCAAUCUCUUUUUCCUCGGUUUUCGGAGGUUGUCUGCCUUGUUCGAUCCUCCAUAACGACUCUUUAACGCUCGAAACCUUCUCCUAUAGCAUGUUUGCAGCUAUCUUUAACAUUGGAUGGGCUGCUACUCAAGUUUCCCACAUGGCUAUGGUUAAUUGCAUUUCGUUGAACGCAACAAGCAGAGUAGCUUUAACAAGCUGUCGUAAUGCGUUUACUAUGGUUGCUAAUCUUGGCUUAUACGCGAUUGCUUUAGUAGUCUUUGGCAUUGUCAAAGCUGGAUCAAAAGAAAAUACCGAAACUCAGUAUUGUUGGAUUGCAUAUUCAUCUAUCACAAUUGGAUGCUGCUUUGUGUUUGUAUUUCUUAUGGGGACAAAGGAGCCGAGGCUGAGGAUAGACUUAAUAAGAGAAACUAGCCGAGCAAGAAUACCGUGGGUUUAUUGGUUCCGGAAACUUCUAUACUAUCAAGUCGCUAUGGUUUACCUCCUCACUCGAUUAGUACUGAAUGUUUCUCAGGCAUAUCUUGCUUUCUUUGUUAUCGAUGAUUUGCAAAUGGAUCAAUCUGCUAAAGCUUUGGUUCCUGCAAUUAUCUAUAUUUGCAGCUUUGUUGUAUCGGUUCUGCUCCAGGAGAUUCCGUGGAACGGGAGACGCUUAAAGGCAUAUUAUACAGCUGGUGGUAUUAUUUGGAUAUUCUGCGGAGCAGCAAUCCUUCUAUUGCCUAGAAACAUAAGUUCUUUCAUGUAUGCGAUAUCCGUUUUUAUUGGCAUCGCAAAUGCAUUAAUGAUGGUUACAGCAAUCAGUAUGCAGAGUGUGUUGGUUGGUGCGGAAGUCAAUGGAUGCGCGUUUGUUUGUGGUUCCUUAAGCUUCUUAGACAAAAUGUCUUGUGGGCUUGCUUUAUAUGCUCUUCAGUCACGCCAAAGUACUUCACCUAGAACCCAACUAAACAACAACCAACAAAGUGUAUACCUUUCGGUUACAAGAUACGGUUUAGGUCUUGUUCCAGCAUUGUGCUCGUUUGUUGGUGUCGCUGUAACGUUCUUUAUGGAACUCGAAGCUGUUGGAUCACUAUCGAAGCCCCUGCUGCGUGAGCCUUUACUAGAAUGA